AUGUGUAUUUAUAUUAAUAAAGGAAAGGCUCCAAUAGAAAGCAGCAUGGAAAGCAGUUUUAUAUGCGAGCCCGGCCAGGGUUGUAUAUAGUCUCCAACAACUACAAAAUAGUAGAGUCAGGGAAUAUCUUUAAAAUAAACAGAUUCAGUAAAUGAUUAAAAUAUUUUCAAUAUUUUGACUGGAAGAUAAUACAUUAUUGGUUUAUUAUGUAAACGUUGAUACUUGUUGCAAGAACCAGCUGUUCAUGCAGUUCUAAUACUAACCCGGAGAUAUCUAUCCUGCAGUUCUAAUACUAACCUGGAGAACAGAUAUCCAUCCUGCAGUUCUAAUACUAACCCGGAGAUAUUUAAUGCUAACCUGGAGAGCAUGCAAACACAAAUAUUAAUCCUGCAGCUCUUAUCCUAAACUGAAGAACAGAUAUCCACCCUGCAGUUCUAAUACUAACCCGGAGAUAUCCAUCCUGCAUUUUUAAUACUAACCUGGAGAAUAUAUAGAAAUAUUCAACCUGCAGUUCUAAUACUAACACGGAGAACAUCCAUCCAUCCUGCAGUUAUAAAACUAACCUGGAGAACAAAUAUCCAUCCCACCGAUAUGAAUAAUUCAAGCAGUGGCAGCUACAGUGGGCGUAACUAUGACCGAUGGGCGUAUGAGCAGGCCGCCUCUAAUGGUUCUUUAGCCGACACGCCCAUCAACAGAUUACAGCACAAGUUCUGGGUCGCUAAACAGAAAGUUAGUAAAAAGCUUGGUAAGGAGGAGGAUCAACAUAUUGUUGCAAGCGAUAGUGAAUUAGAUGCUAAACUAGAACUUUUCAAAUCUAUAAAUGAGACGACUUGUAGACUUCAAAGAUUAAUAGAACGCUACCAGGAUCGAAUAUAUUUUUUGGCUGGAGAAGAGAAUGCGCUUGGUCGAUUUUUAAAGGAGGAGGGGAAGAGAGAUAAAACCCGAGCUGGGAAAAUGAUGGUGGCGGCAGGGAAAACAAUGUCAUAUACAGGACAACAGAGGCUGGCAAUACGGGUUCCCCUGGUUCGACUUUAUCAGGAGGUAGAAACAUUCAGAUUAAGAGCAAUUGAAGAUAUGAGGUUUACAGUUGAUACGAUGGAGAAGGUUAGGACGGAGUAUAGAGGAGCUCUGCUCUGGAUGAGAAAUGUUUCAACAGAGUUGGAUCCGGAUACUUUCAGACAACUAGAGAAGUUCAGGAAGGUUCAGAUCCAUGUACGAGACAGUAAGAAAAGGUUUGACAAGCUUGCUGUUGAUUGUUUACAGAAGAUUGAUCUUCUAGCAGCCUCCAGGUGUAACAUGUUCUCCCAUGCUCUCAUCAUGUACCAGAACACCUUGGUUAUCUUUUGGGAUAAAACAGCGAAGACGAUGAAUCACGUUAACAACGGAUUUAAGGGCUACCAGCAUUACGAGUUCAGCUAUAUCAAGGACCUGGCUGAGCCGAGCAGAGAGUUGGCCACCAGCCAGAGGAACAAGGAUAAAGAGCAGGAGGAGUUCAACGAGGAACUACAGGGUAAUCUUGUGGACCUUGAGCAAAAGAAAACUAAUUCAUCCUCAACCAGUGAGAAGACAAGAAAGGAUAGAGCGGAGGAGAAGAAUCGGAGAAGAAUCAAGAACGGGAGUAUGCAAAACCUUCUGGAUCUAUCUUCACAGGGUUUAGGUUCAGCUCCGACCCUGGAUGACGAUGACGAGAUCCUUCUCCGUAUUGACUCGGAGCUAGAGCAGGCUGCAGGUCAACCUGUUGAAACCAGUCUAGGAGAUAUAGAGAAAAUAUUCUCAGAAAGUAAAUUGAAGAGAGGUUCAGAGGAUGAUGAUUUACUCAAUCUAGGUCCUCAAUCUCAGGAUUCUCUGGAUAGUUUGCUAGCUGAUGGUCAAUCUGGAACCUUUACCCAGGAGUGGGAGCAACAUCUCUUCUCCCAGAGAAAACAGAGUGAUGGAUUCUCCGAGUUUGUCUCCGACAGAGCAGGAUCAAGCUCCAGAUUCCUUCCGUCCCAACUCUUCGACCUAGAAUCAGGAACUUCAGAUAUCAGCCUUCUCGAUCUAACCAAACCAAACCCUCCAGUUCACCCUGCAGAUCCGUACAGCAGGCUUCAACAAGGCCAAUCAAACCAGAUCUUCCAAACGGGUUUAGGAACUGCAGCUUCUGCCACCAAAACCGGUUCUGCCUCAUCACGUGAUAAGGACAUCGCACAAUGGUUCAGUUUGUUUGCAGAACUUGAUCCGCUCUCCAACCCAGACAAUGUGGGACAGAGAGCUAACAAGGAUUGUCUCUAAACCCUGGAAAAGAUAUGGUUUGAAAGAAUCAAACCUUACAUAAUAAUAUUUUAAAGAAAAUGUAUUUUAACCAUGUUUUGCAGUGUUAUAGCCAAGGUUAGUAUAUGCAGUGACGUCAUCAAAUAGAUUUUUAGUCUAA